UUUAAUCGGAAACAGAAAAACUAAAAAUGAAAGAGAAAGAAAAGAGAAUAAAAUUGCAAUUAAUCAGAGAGGAAGAGGUUGAGCCCCAAUUCUGCAGUUAAUCACCAUGGACUCCACCCUAAUUCAAUCCCCCAACAACAAGACAUACGCUUCCAAGCUCCCCAUCAAACGCAAAACCCCCGACCCAAUUCCUCCCAACACGCCUCCGUUCAAAUUCCACCGGAUAUGGACCGAAUCCGACGAGAUCCGAUUCCUCCAGGGCCUCUUGGACUGCUCCUCCCACAAUUUAGCCUUCCCGCGCGACUUGGGAAUCUUCUACACCCGCUUCUCCCACACCAUGUCGCAGCCCUACACCAAAUCGCAGCUCUCCGAGAAGCUCCGCCGCCUCCGCAAGAAGUUCCGGGUCAUCUCCACCCGCCUCUCCAAGGGCAUGGACCCGUCGCAGUUGUCCUUGCAUGAUCGCGCGCUCCACGGCCUCUCCAAGCGCCUCUGGCACCCGGAAUUCGCCGCGAUCUCGCCCUUCAGCGGCGCCAGGAAUGUGGGAUUGAGUCACGGCAGCAAUGCCGGUGGUGGCGGCGAUGGGAAUUUGAAAAAAUCGAGUCUUGUUGGAAUCAAAGUCGAUUUUUCGCCUACGCUGCCGGUGAUGGAGUUUGGGAAUUCGGUAUCAAAUUGUGGCAAUGAGGGGAGUGAUGAUCGCGAUGAUGAGGUUAAAUUGAGUGAGGUGAAUGUGGAGUUUGAAGGGAAAGAGGCUACGGCGGAGGAUGAGGCAUUAGAGGAUGCAGAGGUGGAGGUGGAGGCUAGGCAGAAUGUGGAUUUCAGAGGUGAGAUUGAAAUUGGGGAGGUGGCGGCUAAGGUGGUGAUGAACGUGUUUGAUGAGUGUUUGAAGGAGGUGAGGAGGGUGAUAGGUGGUGGAAUGGGCUCACAGAGUUUUCAUGCUCGGUGGCGAGAUCAGCGGAUUGCUGAACUCGAUGUGUUAGGGAGCAGAUUGAGUCCAAACAUGGUCGAGUUAAGGGCAUCAACAGCCUAUUAGGGGUGAGUCUAGCUUGUGGUGGAGCAGAAAAGUCAUUUCUUCUGUAUGCACUUGGAUUAACAAACUGUAUCUCGAGCUAUUGCAAAGUUUGGGAGUUAGACCUAACUUGAAGACUGAAGUUGGUUGAAAGGUAUGUGUGAUACCAUCACCUCUAUCAUUUUCUGAUUGCCAUGUUAAGUUAUUUGAUGGAAUUAAUUUCUCCAAUAAAACUAUAGUAUAUACUAGGGGGUGUUCAAAAGAAUCAAAACAAUGUAAAUUUCAUUCUUGUCUAUGACCAUGAAUUUCUUUGAUUGAUGGAGUGACUAUAGGAUAGUUGGAGGUGUGAAGCGAAGGAACCCAUGAAGCUUUAUGUUGGGAUUUCCCUCCUCUUUGUGGUCCAUUAGUUUUCUGCGCUUUAUGAGACGUUAACAAUGGAGAUGAUGAGGUCCGAGUUGUGUGUUAGUACGGUGUUGGAGAGGUUGAUGGCGAGGUGUGCAUGUAUAUAUAACUCCAUGGCAUACAACAUCCUAGGUGAUUCUCUGAUGUUGAAUGCUGAUCUUGAUUUUCUUAAUAUGCAUUCGGGUUGUCUGUGGUGGCCAGAAUUUGAUUGAUUAGUGGUGAAGAUGAAGCUUUAUUUUGGAUUUUUCCUCCUAUGAAAGGACGAAAGUUGAUGAUGGAGACGAUAAGGUCCCAGUUAUGGAAGGGGCGUCCUUCUUUUGGUUCUACAGCACUCAUCUGGGACUGAAGGAGGAAGGUAACAUAUUCAAAGGUG